AUGGCCAUCUUGCUGUUCAGGGUGAAGCAUGGAGCAACUGACUAUGCAACGUGUCAUGGCCUCUAUAGGCCAGUCGAUCCAGUCGUAGGCGACGGCCAUCUCCUCAAUGGCCACCUGGUCUAUCAAAACGAAGAGCAACGCCGCUUUUUGGGCAGAAGUGCUGGGGGAUGGGUCAUUGGACCCUUGUCUGAUUUGAAGGAACACCUGGAACAGCAGAGAACCGCCUUUGGCGGAUUUCACUCAAGUUCUGACCCUCGUCCCGAUGAUGGAUGGGAGUCUUACACCGUUUACCCGCUUGAUGAGACCGCAGGGCUUGACUUCGCGACAAAAGAAGGAUCUGAUGACUAUGCAUCCUGCAGUGGCAGGUACCUCCAAUUGACCGGGAAAGAGCUGAACCAAAAACCCAUCUUCCUAAAUCCCAACAAGCAACGCAUGCUUGCAUCAGGUGCCGGUGAUGGCUGGGUCAUUUUAAACAUGGACUAUUUGGAGGAAUUUCUGGAGACCGAGCCUGAAUCCUUUGGCGGAUUUCAUGGUAGCAGUCGUUCCCAGCCAUAUCUGGGUUGGGAGAAGUAUAUAGUGGCCCCAGUGCACAAGGACGAGGAUGACGAGCUUGGGGCUUGGGAGAAGUUCGUGAACACCACAGUGUCAUGCAGCGCAGUCUCUAACUCCGGGGUGGUCCGUUCCGAGGAGGAUUUCGAAGACAUGCGGCGAAAGUGUGUGAACUUGCAGUGUGGGGGCUUUGCAUGGCGAAAGCCACACUUCAAUCAGUUUGGUGAGGAAGACAAUCCUCCAGUGUGUUUUUUCUACCGCAGAAGGCAGGCCGAUCUCAAAGAGGCGAUGGUGGCCUCCCCGGAGUACGAUUUCUACUUGGCGCCUUCGAAGUAUCGCCCCGACUGUUCUUUCAAGGUGGGUCGAGACCCAGCUCCUUCGUGUCAUGUGAGAUGGGUCGAGUCCCAAAAGGUACAUGCAUUUGCAUGCCGUGUGACUGUGCAAGAAGUUUCGCCAUGUACCUACUACAUGGCUUGUGGCUUUUACUGUGGUUAUUGCGGCAUACAGCAGCACAAUGGUUCCAAGCAACAGGUUUUGUUCUCCUUAUGGAACCAUCCUAAAGCGGAAAAGGUGCAAAACCGAAGUGUGGCACCAGGUGUUUUUGCGCAGCCCUUUGGGGGUGAAGGAAUGGGUAUGGGUGCUUAUGCAAUCACCGGGACAGGGGAAAGAACAGAUACAUCACUGGCUGCUUGGAGAGUUGGCAUUCCCUACACCUUCCUGGUCCGCUCUACGGCUGUGGAUGGGGGUUCGGAAAUCUCGUGCAGCUUCCAUAAACCUGAAGGCUGGUUUGAGCUGGCCAGACACUUCCGUCCUGAACCUGCCGAUGACCGUGGUAAACUCUAUGGGCUGUAUAGCUUCAUCGAAGCCUUCUCGGGGACUUGCCAUCGCCGCUCAGCGCAGUACGCUGCAUGGGUACAGGACACUGAAGCAGGAGCCUGGCGAACGCUUGGUAAGAUCAAGGGCACCAGCACGGCGGAUGCCAUGGUACCCAACAAGUGCGUGACAGUUGCUCAGUGUGAUGGCUACAAUUUGGUGGAAAUGACGAGUGGUGGAGACGCUUUGGAGGAUUGUUCCUUAUGUUGUGGCGACCUGGACGGCCCACCAGUGCCUGAGGAGUUGCUGUUGUGA